AGGAAGGAAGAGACGCAGGCAGGCUGCGGUGACCCAAGCGGCAGCCCCUGCCUCAGGGACCCCUUCCCCGAGAGACGGCACCAUGACCCAGGGAAAGCUCUCUGUGGCUAACAAGGCCCCUGGGACCGAGGGGCAGCAGCAGGCGAAUGGYGAGAAAAAGGAGACUCCAGCAGUACCCUCGGCCCCACCCUCCUAUGAGGAGGCCACCUCUGGGGAGGGGCUGAAGGCAGGAGCCUUCCCCCCAGCCCCCACGGCUGUGCCUCUCCAUCCCAGCUGGGCCUUUGUGGACCCCAGCAACAGCUCCGGCUAUGAAGGUGGUUAUCCCUCGGGGCACCAUGAGCUCUUCACCAUCUACAGUUGGGAUGACCAGAAAGUUAGGCGGGUCUUCAUCAGAAAGGUCUACACCAUCCUUCUGAUUCAGUUGCUGGUGACCUUGGGAGUCGUGGCUCUCUUUACCUUUUGUGACCCUGUUAAGGAUUAUGUCCAGGCCAAUCCAGGAUGGUACUGGGCUUCCUAUGCUGUGUUCUUUGCUACCUACCUGACCCUGGCUUGCUGUUCUGGACCCAGGAGGCACUUUCCCUGGAACCUGAUUCUGCUGACCAUCUUUACCCUGUCCAUGGCCUACCUCACUGGGAUGUUGUCCAGUUACUACAACACCACAUCUGUGCUGCUGUGCCUGGGCAUCACGGCGCUGGUCUGCCUCUCAGUCACCAUCUUCAGUUUCCAGACCAAGUUUGACUUCACCUCCUGUCAGGGUGUUCUCUUCGUGCUGCUCAUGACCCUCUUCUUCAGUGGACUCAUCCUAGCCAUCCUUCUACCCUUCCAAUAUGUGCCCUGGCUGCAUGCUGUCUAUGCAGUGCUAGGAGCAGGCGUGUUUACGUUGUUCCUGGCAUUUGACACCCAGUUGCUGAUGGGUAACCGACGCCACUCGCUGAGCCCAGAAGAGUAUAUUUUUGGAGCCCUCAACAUUUACCUAGAUAUUAUCUAUAUCUUCACCUUCUUCCUGCAGCUUUUUGGCACCAACCGGGAAUGAAAAGCUCUCUCCACUCCCACCUUCCUCCAGAGAAUGCCCUUCCCUGUCCUUUGACCCUCUCUGUGCUCCUGCAAAACCAGACAUAAAACCUUGCUGC